CAACUAAUGUGGUGUACUUGUUUGUGCAUUGUUUUGCUGCUCACGGAGUCACAGGACAGGGCAGGCAGAGCCUUCGAAAUCGAUCGCAGGGGAGGAGCAGUAGGAUCGAGAGCUUAGCUGCCUCUGAGGCAAGUGAGAGCAGCGGCCAUGGAUAUGGAGGAAGGUCGGUUCAGAUCAGGGUGCGCCGUGCUCCGCUGCACUGCCAUUGCCAUGGCGGUGCUGCUGCUUCUCUGCUCCAGCGAAGACGCUCAGGCCGACGCUGCUUACCUGCCGUGGCCAGCUCCGACGACGCCGCCGCCGCCGUCGCCUGCCGCUGCUGCCAACUCCACCUCCACCUCCACCGCGGCGAACACCACCGGGCCGCCGCAGCCGACCGCCUUCCCCAUGUACGGCGUGACCCCCGGCAGCCUGCGUCCACAAGAGUGCGGGGGGAGGUGCGCGUACAGGUGCUCGGCGACGGCGUACCGGAAGCCGUGCAUGUUCUUCUGCCAGAAGUGCUGCGCCUCCUGCCUCUGCGUGCCGCCGGGGACCUACGGCAACAAGCAGUCCUGCCCCUGCUACAGCGGCUGGAAGACCAAGCGAGGAGGCCCCAAGUGCCCCUAGCUGCCUUGCCAGUUGCGACUGCACAGCCAUUGUUGCUGUUGAGGAGGAGGAGGUAGCCUUGGUUGCAAGCUCUUUCUUCCCCAGCGACCUUUGCUUCUUUUCUUUCUUUCUUUCUUUCUUUCUUUCUUUUUUGUCUUGUCUACCACGAGCAUUUGUCUGUACUGAUUUUGUGGAUCCUAGGUUGAAGGUGAGUUGUCAGAAUACAUUUUGAUCGAGGUGUUUGUUUUGUUUGUAAUAUGUACCAAUAUGGAGUUUAAUUUGUAAUUUUUGUA